UAGCAGCGCCCCUCACUCCUCGUCCUGUCGACUGCCGCCGCCGCACCGCCGCCGCCGCCGCCCAGGAGACCGGUAUCUAGAUUAGCGCUGCCGGCCGUCGCCUUAAUGCCAGCCAUCAUGAACAACGCAACCUGAGAGCUUGGGCAUGCCAUGGGCAUGGGAUCGGAGCCUCGGCAGCAACGCCGCCGUCCCUGCGCCAUCGUCACUGACCAAACCAGGCGGCCGGAGCUCCCACGAGGAGGUACACCUGCUCUGGUAGACUGAGCUCUUCCUAGUCCGGAGGCAAAGCUUCUCUAUUCCACAUCUCGAAGGGGAAGAACCGCGCGCGACAAUGGCCAGGGCCGCCGACUACUACUCCCUCCUCCAGAGCUGCAUGGGCUGCUUCCGGCAGGGCAGGUCCAUCCACCACAGGCUCCUCGCGUCCGCCUCUCCCCCGGACCUGCACCUCAGCACCAAGCUCGUCCUCUUCUACGCCAAGCACGGCGACGUGGCCGCCGCCCGCAGGGUGUUCGACGGAAUGCCGCACCGGAGCGUCGUGUCCUGGACGGCCAUGGUCUCGGGCUACUCCAGGAACGGCCGCCCCCGGGAGGCGCUGGAGCUGUUCGCCCUCAUGCACACGUCCGGCGAUGCCAGGCUGAACCAGUUCACGUAUGGCAGUGUGGCCUGUGCGUGCGCGGCGGCUGGGUGCGUGAGGAGCGGGGAGCAGGUGCACGCGUGCGCGGCCAAGGGGAGGUUCGCGGGGGACAUGUUCGUGCAGAGCGCUCUCAUGGACAUGUACCUGAGGUGCGGGUCUGUGGCUGACGCGAGGCGGAUGUUUGUGGAGAUGGAGAGGAAGGAUGUGGUUUCUUGGAAUGCCUUGCUCAGGGGUUUUGUGGAGCGUGGGCAUUGCAGUGACGCGCUUGGGUUGUUAUCCUCAAUGCUGAGAGAAGAAAUGCUGCCUGACCAUUUCACAUUUGGAAGCGCUCUAAAAGCUUGUGGAGCAGUCAGUGUGCUCACUAACACGGAGCUGAUUCACACUUGCAUAAUAAAGUUGGGCUACUGGAGUGAAAAGGUUGUUAUUGGAUCACUUAUUGAUGCUUAUGCAAAAUGUCGGAGCAUGAGAAGUGCACGAGUGAUAUAUGACUCCAUAUGUGAACCAGACCUUGUGUCGUCUACUGCGCUGAUCAGUGGGUACUCCAUGGAUAAAAACCACACUGAAGAUGCAAUGGAGCUUUUCUGCAAGAUUUAUCGUAGGGGUUUGAGGAUUGAUGGUGUUCUGUUAAGCUCCUUGCUUGGCCUUUGUGCUAAUGUUUCAUGUCUCAGAUUUGGGACACAGAUUCAUGCUUACAUGUGCAAAAAGCAGCCAAUGGGAGACGUGGCAUUGGACAACGCUCUAGUUGAUAUGUAUGCAAAGGCAGGCGAAUUUUCAGAUGCCAGGCGUGCUUUUGAUGAAAUGCCCUGCCGAAAUGUGGUUUCAUGGACUUCACUCAUUACUGCCUGUGGGAAAAAUGGUUUUGGGGGAGAUGCUGUGAGCUUUUUUGAGAGGAUGGUGGAGGAUGGUGUGAAGCCAAACGAUGUGACAUUCCUUUCUCUUCUGUCUGCUUGUGGUCAUUCUGGUCUGAUGAGCAAAGGGAUGGAGUAUUUCACUUCCAUGAUGAGCAAGUACGGUAUUGAUCCAAGAGCUGAGCAUUUCAGUUCUGCUAUCGACCUUCUUGGCCGUGGGGGUCAGUUAGAGGAGGCAUGGAAGCUAGUGGAGAAUGUGGAUACUCAACCCAACUCGUCAAUAUUGGGCGCUAUGCUUGGAGCUUGUAAAACGCAUGGAAACAUGCCUCUCGGAGAAACUGCAGCCAAGAAUCUUAUCAGUAAAGGUGCUGAGAGUUCUGUACACUAUACCGUGCUUGCAAAUUUGUAUGCGGAAUCUAAUUUAUGGGAGGAUGCUCAAAGUACAAGGAAAUUAAUGGCUGAAACAUCUGGAGGCAAGGAAGCUGGUUGCAGCGUUCUCUGAAGAUUACUAAUAAAGUUAUGCUUUCCAAGAUAUUCAGAUAAUGGUCAUUUGCCCUGAUUGAUGCACCAAAUGCAUCUGGAUUACACCUCAGACCUUUGUCCACAAUGAACCUGACCGAUCCAACAUGUAGAGCCUUCAGAUCUUUGUAAACUCUAACCGACUUCAGAAUCUUGCCCGUUUGAUUAAGCAGUGAGAAUCUAAUGACUUAUCAGCAGCCAUCAUGUUCGUUCAGGGGUUGCGAUGGUUCUAUUCUGCUUGAUAGCAUACCAGGAUUACCAUCCGAAAAGGAAUCGGAACCGAACCUCAGCCUGCGAGGCUUCGGCACAAUCGACCUUGUCAAGGCUAAACUGGAGCAAGCCUGCCCUGGAGUGGUCUCAUGCGCUGAUAUCCUAGCUCUCGUGGCAAGGGAUGUUGUACUACUGACCCAUGGGCCUUACUGGAAUGUUCCAACUGGGCGGCGAGAUGGGUUGAGAUCGGUGAAGGAUGAAGCUUUGAACAACCUACCUCCACCUUUUUUUGAUGCCACUCGUAAUCUGAACCAGUUCUUCGUCCCGAAGGGUCUUGAUGCGAAGGAUCAGGUGGUUCUGCUAGGGGGGCACACCCUUGGGACCUCCCACUGCUCGUCCUUCUCGGACCGGCUGUACAACUUCAGCGGCACACAGAUGCCGGACCCGGCGCUGGACAGGCGGUACGCGCUGCGGCUGAAGAGCAAGUGCAGGCCCGGCGACGCGACGACGCUGGUGGAGAUGGACUCGGGGAGCUUCAGGACAUUCGACGCGAGCUACUACCGUCACGUCGCCAGGGGGAGGUCGCUCUUCACCUCGGACGAGACGCUCAUGCUGGACCCCUUCACCAGGGACUACGUCCUGCGCCAGGCGGCCGUCGCCGCUGCCGGCGGCUACCCCGCCGAGUUCUUUGCGGACUUCGUGGCGUCCAUGGUGAAGAUGGGGAACAUGCAGGUGCUCACCGGCACGCAGGGCGAGGUCAGGCGGCGCUGCGGCGCCGUGAACCCGAUUGGCAUGUAGGCCGCUGGCGGUGGUCAGUGAUCACCGGCCCGUAAAUUAUCGAAAGUCUGUGGGUAUUGUAUAAUUGAUGUGUAUUACGCGUGUACAUUUGUGUGCAUCAUUGUCUUUCUUCAUUUGCAUUGUUUGUUUGUGCGAUGUAUUCAAAUUCAAAUAAAAUGUUUGCUUGAUUGAUUCGGUGGAAUAAAAUGCCAGCCUCGAUGAACACUCUACAGGAAACUUGAGGCUGGGAUGUGCUUUCUGGCAGAAGAGUUUACUU